CACUUUUUAAACAGUAUUUUCAAACUUUCAGAACAUUACCUUUAAGGUUAGGUUCAACAUAACAACAACUAUGACGGACGGGGUUGAUAUUGAUCUCUAUGCCGACGUUGACCAUGAGUUUGCGCAAGAAGAUAACAACUACAACAGUGUGGACUUGUAUGAUGAUAUGAUUCAGCCUGCGUCGAGAACCAACAGUGUUUCACGACAGAACAGCACGAAUGGGAUUUCUGCAGCACCGGGCUCAUUACAGUAUAACUACCAUGGAAAAAAGGUGUCGAUUUAUGUUGGUAAUUUAACGUGGUGGACAACCGACAAGGAUGUACAGAACGCUAUCAAUUCCUUAGGGGUUACUGAUCUAGUUGAGAUCAAAUUCUAUGAAAAUCGUGCAAACGGGCAAUCUAAAGGGUUUGCUCUAGUUCAUCUUGCUUCUGAGACUUCAUCUCGCAUAGUAAUGGACAAGCUACCACAUAAAGACCUGCACGGGCAAAGUCCAGUCGUCACACCAUGCAACAGGCAGAGCUUGAACCAAUUCGAGCAGCAAUCCAAAGCACAAUCGGGCACAACACCACAACCAGAGGCCAAACCCCCAACUCCAGUCCCCUUAGCUGCCCCUACCAUUCAACCACCCUUAUCCAUAGGUGGCAUGCCUAAUGCACCGGUAUCUGUAACAUGGCCUCCACCCACUACAACACAAACGUCAAUACUUGGCCAACCCCCUGCAUCACAAAGGUUCCCGUCACCAUUCCCACCGACAUCCAAAGAUUUCCAAUCACUACUGCCCACAUCCUUGCCUCCUAAUGUCCGUGUCCCACCCCCCAACUUUAACAUGCCACCCCCAGGGCUGCGACUACCAGGUUUACCCCCACAAGGCCUACCACCACAAGUUCCGCCUCCAUCACGCCCCCUAGUGCUUCCAUCUGGGAUCCUCCCAGCCCCUAUACUACGUACCGGCCCCCCACCUAGAAUUCCUCCCCCACCAGCUGCGUUAAUGGCGAUGCAACCACCCCCCCAUUUAUUAGGCCCACCCCCUACAAGCUUACCCAGUAUAAACCCCCGCGUACCCCCACCAAUAGGGGUCCCACCACCCUCCCUGUUUCCUCACCUUGCCCCACAAACUUUAUCGGCCCCACCGCCAGCAUUGUUACAAAACAACCCCGAAGAUGGAUACCCAGAUCGACGAUCGCAAUCUCCUCCACUAGGUGAACCAGAGAUCGAAGAGAUAAUGAUCAGAAACCGUGCCGUUUCGAGCAGUGCGAUUUCGAGAGCUGUUUCGGACGCAAGUUCUGGCGAUUACGGUGGAGCGAUUGAGACGUUAGUUACCGCUAUUUCGCUCAUCAAGCAAUCUAAAGUCGCAGACGACGAACGGGCAAAAGUUUUGAUUGGAUCGCUGCAAGAUUGUCUUCACGGGAUUGAGGAGAAAUCGUUCGGAUCGGGAACCGUAAGGAAACGUGAUAGGUCGCGGGAUCGCGAUAGGGAUCGAGAGCGCGAGCGUGACCGUGAGGAAAGGCCACGGCACCGUGAAUCGAAGUCACGACGUCGUGAUCGUGACCGCUCACGGAGCCGUGAUAGAUAUGAUGAUCGUGAAUAUCGUGAUAGAAGCCGGGAUAGGAGUCGUGACCGUGAUAGCAGCUACACUCGUCAUUCAGAUAGAGAUCGUCACCGCCGUUGACACCUGUCAAUCAAACUGCCAUGAAGUGUAAAAAUACUUCGUAAUAAUAAUCAUACAAUGCGUAUUAUUAUGUCAUAAUCGUUAUUGUUGCAUAAUGUUGAAUUCGAAUUGUAAAUACUAAUUAAAAGUAGUGUGCUUUUACUAGCAAAUAAUAAGCCAUUGAACACUUCUAAAUAAGACACAAAAAUUGAUCAAAAACAUAAAUAAUACUGGUUGCAAGUUAAUAGUGUAGUUGUUUCAAACUUACAAGUUGCUGUCUAAGUUUUGUGCUUCAUUUAAAAUGUACAAACACUUCAUUAAAAUGAUGUUUUUCUCGU